CAAAGAGGUGGCACCAUAGACAGCAGGACCACUGCUGACAAGUGGGGCGCAGCUCUGUGAACAGCCAAGCACCGCAUGCGCACAUCCCCGUUCCAUUAUCAUUGAUGUGUUGUGUCCUUCUUGUUUCCCGUCGGACGGAUGAGGGACGGACACCAAACAGCCACGUAGUAAACGGCGAAGCUCUCAAACGGUGCCGUCUGUGUUCAGAAGUGUUCCUGGACACUGACGUGCUCCUCCUGCAUCCGAGGAACAAGAUGGUUCUGUGAGCGUCUCUUAUGCUGAGAGGAAACCACCAACACAGUGACCGUUCAGUUUCUUAAGGGAAAUGGAUAGUAACCAAUCAGGAACCGCUCAGAUGGAGACUAACGCUCAUCAAGAAGACCAUCCAAUGAAAGUGGAAGGUGAAACGCAAUUAUUGCAACAAGGGCUGGACAACACACAACAUGCUAAAGGAUGUAUUCACAACGGUCUUUUCAGUUCUGCUGUAAUGCCGAAUGGAAACGCACUGGCAGAAGACUUGACUCCUGCUCGGAACACUCAUGUAAAUGGGUCUAUGCCUCUGGCAGCCCCUCCCCAGGCCACCAGCUCCCCAGUUAACGCCCAGACCCAAGAUCCCUCCCAAGGUUUGGCUGCUUUUCCACCCAUGAUGAUAGAGAAGUCUGAGGGGGCUAGUGCUGAGAUCACGGUUCACAAGGGUGACUCAUUGCAGUCGCUCAGACUCAGUAUGCCUUUGCAGGAGACUGAAUUGUCUCACCAGAAGCCAUCAUUAGAGAUGGAGAAUGAGGAGAAGAUUCGCCUGGAGGCUCGUCGGCGUCUGGAAGAGCAACUCAAACAGUACAGAGUGCAGAGACAUAAGGAGAGGUCUCACCGCACCACCACCAAGAGCACGGCAUUCAGCACCCUGGAUCCAGAGCUCAUGCUGCAUCCUGAGGAUCUGCCCAGGGCCAACACUACUUCCAUGACCAAGGAGUAUUCCUUCCUGAGGACCAGUGUCCCCCGUGGCCCCAAACUGGGUAGCUUGGGAAUUCCCCCCUCCAAGGAAAGAAAGUCCAGAUCACCCCGCCCAAGCAGGAUCCACUCCUUGGCUGACUACCAGUCUCCCGAGACUGAUGGUGCAGGUGGAGGCGGAGGUGGAGUCCGAGCAGCAGACAACACUAUGAGCUCCCUCCAGUCGUCCGCCAUUAGCUCAGUGUCCACUUUGUCUGAGAUGGACGGACAGCCCGCCGCUUCACUCCAGUUUGGGGACAAUGUGUCAGAAAUAGACGGGAGCGAAUCGGGAACGAUGCCAGGGAACGACGGCAACGACAGCGACAGCUCGUUAAUCAGCAGCGUGUCUACCAGGGCGACGUACGGGAUGCUCACCGCAGCCGUGGAAGUGCAGCGGGGGCCCUACACGGUGGAAGGGAGGGAGAUUGCCGCUGAGGCCAUGGGUCAGUUCCCCUCCCUGCAGGAGGUGCUGCAGGCAGCCAGUGACGAGCAGCACCUGCUGGAGCUGGAGCAGGAGAGAGGAGGCGCUGGGGAGCCUCAAAGCCGCAGAGACAGUUUCUCUAGCAGUGUUUCUUUGGAGAGUUCAGUGAUGGGCCAUGAUGAUAUGCUGCAGGUUUUGAAAGAGAAAAUGAGACUGGAGGGUCAGCUCGAAUCUUUGUCAUCUGAGGCCAAUCAGGCUCUCAAAGAGAAGACGGAGCUUCAGGCGCAGCUCGCCACAGUGAACGCUCAACUGCAUGCAAAGAAGGAGGAGGCGGAGGUCAGCCAGGAGAAGCAGAGGGUCCUCACCACGGAGGUCGGCUCACUGCGGAAAAACUGCAACCAGCUAGAGAGGGCCAUGGUGGAGCUCCAGGGCAGUCUGGAGGGCAAGAAUGCCAAUCUGACUUCUCUAAGCAACGACCUGAAGGUGGCCGAAGAUCAGUACCAAAGGCUGAUGGGGAAGGUGGAGGAGAUGCAAAACACAGUAACCUCCAGAGACAAUACAGUGCAGGAGUUGCGACAGCAGUUGGGUGGUCUUCAGAGCCAGCUUCAACAGGUCCAGCUGGAGCGAAGCACCCUUCAGAGCCGAAUGAAGACUUCCCAGGCGGAAAUAGUUUCACUUCAGCAGCUCAGGCAGUGGUACCAGCAGCAGCUAGCUCUGGCCCAGGAGGCCCGAGUGCGACUGCAGAGCGAAAUGGCCAACAUGCAGGCUGGACAGAUGACUCAGAUUGGUGUUCUGGAACAUUUGAAGCUGGAAAAUGUGUCUCUGUCCCACACACUCACAGAGACCCAACACCGCUCUAUCAAAGAUAAAGAGCGCAUAGCUGUCCAGCUGCAGAGCAUUGAGGCUGACAUGCUGACCCAGGAAUCGGCUUACAAGCAGAUCCAGGAUGCUAAAAACAUGGUGGAAGAUGAUCUGCAGCACAAACUGGAGGAGUUUGAGGAUGAGCGGGAACGCUUAAUUAAAUUGGCUAACACAGCCAGCACCAUGGAAAGGGAACUGGAGCAGGCAAAGUUGAUCCUUUCCCAGAAGGACGUGCAGCUGCAGUCCCUCCAGAAGGAGCAUCUGGAGCUGAUGCGCCAGCUGACCGUCACUCAGGACAACCUGCAAACCAAAGAGCUGUUCAUCAACCACCUAGAAGCCCGAUACCAAGAGCUGGAGGCCCAGCUGGCUGAGCUGCAGACAGACGGCAGCGCCAAGGACGACAGCAUCCAGUUCCUCCAGAACGAGAAGAUUGUCCUGGAGGUAGCGCUGCAGGCAGCCCGGGCCGAAAAGAACCAACUGGACGAGGGCGCCGAGCAGCUCGGAGAGGACGUUCUGGCGGCUUCAGAUAUCUUGGAUCAGCUCAGACAGGAAGUCCAGAUCAAAGCCAAUCAGAUUGAAACACUUCAACGGGAAAAUGGUUCCCUAAAGAAACAAGCUCAGAAACUGAGGGAACAGUUCCAACAACAAAAGGUGAUGGUGGAGGCCUACCGUCGGGAUGCCAGCUCCAAAGACCAGUUGAUCAGUGAGCUCAAGUCCACCAAAAAGCGCCUGUUGACGGAGGUGAAGGACCUGAAGCAGGAGCUGAUGAGCGUUCAAGGGGAGAAGCAGAAUGCAGAGCUGGAGCAGGCCCGGCUUGCAAAGGAGGUGACGAGGGUCCAGGAGCAGAUGAACAACAUGGAGGUCCAUCUGCAAGCCAUUCAGACAGAAAGGGAUCAGCUGGAAACCCAGAUCCAGUCUUUACAGUUCGAUCAGAGCCAACUAGCUGCAGUCACAGAAGAGAACGAAGGUCUGAGGAAACAGGUGGAGCAAUUGGAGGGAGAAGCCAAAAAGGCCAUCACGGAGCAGAAGGUGCGUGUGAAGCGGCUGGGGACAGAUUUGACCAGUGCUCAGAAGGAGAUGAAGGCCAAACACAAGGCCUACGAGAACGCCGUGGGCAUCCUGAGUAGGAGGCUCCAAGAGGCUCUGACUGACAAGGAGUCCGCCGAGGCAGAGCUGGUCAAGCUCAAGGCCCAGGUGUCGGACGGGGGAAACAGCCAGGCCUUACAGGAGAAGAUCAAGGCUCUCCAGGCUGAGCUUCAGACUGUGGCCAAAAGCAAGACUAUGCUUGAGAGAGAGCUGCAGGAAGUGAUCACCCUCACCUCCACAGAGCUGGAGGAGUACCAGGAGAAGGUCAUGGAGCUUGAGGAUGAGCUUCAAGAGUCCCGAUGCUUCAAGAAGCGGAUUCGAAAGUUAGAAGAUGCCAACAAGAAGCUGGCACUGGAGCUUGAACACGAAAAGGGGAAAUUGGCUGGUUUGGCACAGUCCCAUAAUACACUGCGGGAGCAUUCCAACAUUUUGGAGUCUGCCUUAGCUAAAAGAGAGGCCGAUCUUGUUCAGCUCAACUUACAGGUUCAAGCUGUUCUGAAGCGUAAAGAGGAGGAGGACCAGCAAAUGAGGCAGGUGGUUCAAACGCUCCAGCUUGCCCUGGAAAAAGAGAAAACCAAAGUCAAUGACCUGAAAGAACAGGUGGCAACAGCAAAGGCUGAAGCAGCGCACAAUAGACGGCACUACAGGGCAGCUAUGCUGGAGCUGUCGGAAAUCAAAAAGGACCUGCAGGCUAAAGUGGACCUGGUCAUAGCUCUGCAGAGUGAAUCCCACAAACUACAAGCUCAGGAUGAGCAGCAUGCUCAGGAGGUUUCCAGGUUCCAAGAGGAGCUUGCUGAGGCCCAUUCACAGCUCCAGAUCCUCCAGAAACAACUGGACGAGGAACUGGCCAAGCAGCCCCUCACUAACCAGGAGGUUGAGGACCUGAAGUGGGAGGUGGAGCAAAGGCAGAGGGAGAUAGAGGCUCAGAAGCAGCAGCUGGAGAUGAUGGAGCAGUGUCAGCACAGGGAGCUAGACAACCUACAGAGAGCUCUGCAGAACAUCAAAGUGGAGCUGGAAUCUGUGCAGGAUGAGCUUAGUGGCACCAGGAAGGACAAGUUUAUGCUUCAGGCCAAAGUGGGUGAGCUGAGGAACAGCAUGAAGACGGUCCUUUUGCAGAACCAGCAGCUAAAACAGGACCUCAAGCAGAGUCGUCUGAGGAAGCAGCGCAUGGAUCUGAUGAGCGAGGGGAACCCAUCCAGCCCAGUGACACCAGUUAAGAUUCCAGACUGCCCAGUGCCUGCCUCCCUGUUGGAUGAGUUGCUGAAACCAUCAACAUCUGUCAACAAAGAGCCCCUCAACAACUUGCACAAUUGUCUACGGCAACUCAAGGAGGAGAUGGACAGCCUCCAAAAGCAGAUGGAGGAACACACAGUAACAGUACAUGAGUCAAUGAGCUCAUGGACAAGCGCAGAAGAGGCUCAACUGGAGCUUGAAAACAACAUCUCUGAAUCUUCAACGGCUCUAAACAAUAUGGUUGGGAAGAAUAACAAUGAAGCUGAGCAACAGUAGUCAUAAUAAAAGUGUCUCAGGCCAUAAGAGAGAGAGUGGAGUUUUAUCCACAAAGGCACUAUUCAGCCCGUUAUUCCCUUUCUCUUUUCUUAAGAAUUGCUGCCAACAUUUGGCAUUGUCCCAUCAGCGCAGAUGGGCUUAUUCAGAGUUAUACUUAAUAUGCCAUAGCUUUAUUCUCUCUUCUUUCUUUGACGGUUGUUCAUCUUUUUGUUAUGUUAUUGUCACAUUUAUUUAUUUAGAGUCAAGUUAUCUGACAGCCUCUCCAAGAGGAUCCCCCAUCUUGAGUUUAGUUAUCAUAGAUACAGACAUGGUCAAGUAUGGGCUAUUUUGAUAAUCUCAACAGCCGGUUUUCCCCCUUUUAAGUUUUUCUCUCUAAAAUGUAUUUAGUCAUCAUCCUCCUCGCAAUAUAAAACCAGUGGCUGCGUAUGCUGCUUAAUGAUGGUUGACAUUAUUUCAAAAAGUGUUAUUGUGACAGAAAACAAACAUUAGUCUGUCACCAGACUGGCUAUGAAACUGUUCUUCCAUUUCUUUGUGCCUGUGUGCGAAAGAGCGGUUGCUCCACUAUGAUUUAACUGACAUGGUUACACAUCCACAUCAUUUCUAAGCGGUUGACACCUCAUCAAUCAUUUUUGAUAAUGUUGAAAGUUGUGUGCAAAUGUGGUCAGUUCUUUUUGUAUUGCCUCUCGUUAAAAUGGAGUCUUUCUUACAUUUGAUGUAACCAUCUCACAUUCAGUUCCUAAACUAAAAACAAUAAUCUCAGUUGUAAAUGGAGGUGUUUUGUCUAGCAUGGACUGCAGUUAUUUGUACGCAAAAAAGCCUUAAGCAAUCUUUAAUAUGCUGUAAGGGACUAAGUUGAUUUAAAUGAGCACAUUCUGCUGAGGGUGUGCAAUCUGUUAUAUUUAUGUGUGUGUGCAAAUCUUAACUGAAUGGUUUUAUUGUAAAAUAAGUGAGUCAUAUAAACUGAGAAAGAAGAGUUGUACAAUGAAGCAGAAAUGUUACUAACAGCAGGUUUAAGCAGAUAUGUUCAUUUUCUGUUGCAUUUGGUACAUAUUUACAAAGAAUAUAUGAAAUUGUUAUUGUUUUAUGGCUGUUUCAUGGAUAUGGGGAUAGGUUAAUUGUUUCUACAGGUUAAUAUAUAAAUUCCCUUUUUUGUAAGAUUGUAGAGUCAUUAAUGUGUAAUAGUGUAAAAGCUGACAGUACCUCUAACCCAGCUGCACGAGGACGUCAGUGCAGAGAGGCAUUUGGAUGGUUACAGAGUAGCUUUCUGCAAUCAACCUUACUGCAGCUGCUGUGUCAGUGUUCAUUCCCACACUAAACAUAUGUUUAAUAACAGUUCUAUGCUUAGGACUUUCCAAAGGGACAUAGUACUUACUGAGGCAAGUAAUAACAAAUGUUCAGAUUGUUCAGAUUUGUUUGUGGGCACGGUAUCUUCCUAACUGUUCACUGUAACGUUAGGUAUCAAUAACAUUUGAUCUUCGGCACUUGCGCUCAUGUUGCUGUAUCUGCUUUUUUUUUUUUCAAAGAUUGGAAUUGAGUCAUUCCUAUGUUUUACCAUUUGUGUUGGGAGAUGCGAUUGUAUUUAUCAUAAAAUUGCACUAUUCAUCUGU